GAUUGCUUCAAUUUCUACUAAGAUUAACAAUAUAAUAAUAUGAAAAAUAAAAACAAAAGUUAAUAUUUAUGUGUUGUCUUAAAUUCACAUCCUUGUUCUUGUAUGUCAAUCCGAUCAGAUUCUCAAGUCAAUGGUUUUGAUUUGAGGGUUCCUUCGCACACAAAGUAAGCUUCACCGGGACUCUAGUAUUCUUGGCUCUACAGGAUGAGUUAAUUUUCUUGCUUUUACUCGCAGCCUAGGUUGAAUUUUGAGAAACGAAUUUUCUUGUUUGAUGGGUACGGUGGAGGCUCCAUCAAAGGUACCAUCUGGGUGUUCAUCGCCUUCUCCAGAGAUUGAUAAGAAUGAGCUCAGGGAAGCUCUGUGUGCUUUGAAAAAUGGGACCUCAGAAAACGGGGUUGGUUUCAUUGGCCAAGGAAACCAAGGUUUGAGGGAUGGUGGGGGUGUUGAAGUGGUGAAGGACAGGGUCUCCGAGACCAAGUUUUCGGAUGAGAUGGGUUUUUCGGAGAGAGAAAGGGAGGAUGGCUGCCAAGGUUUGGCUGAUUCUGAGAUGAAUGGGGUCUCCUCUUUGUUGAAAAUGAGAGAGAGUGGUAGGAACUUGAUGUUUUCUCAUGGUGGUGAGAGUGAUAGUACUAGGAAGUUGAACAAUGAGAACGGUUCUUUUGAGGUUGGAAUGGAAGGUGGGAGAGAUCUGACCAAAAUUGAGAGUGAGGAUGAUCAAAUUGGGAAAACUUUGUCUGUAGAUGUUCAAAUUGCUGAUAUAAGUGAAAACAAGGAUGUGGAAAUGGAAGAUUUGGGUGGUGAAGGAUGUGGUGGGUAUUCUAUUGGAGAUUUUGUUUGGGGGAAAGUGAAGAGUCAUCCCUGGUGGCCUGGCAGGAUUUAUGACCCUUCUGAUGCUUCUGAUUUAGCUUUGAAGCUGAGACAAAAGAAUAGAAUUCUUGUGGCGUAUUUUGGAGAUGGAACCUUUGCUUGGUGCCAUCCUUCUCAAUUGAAGCCAUUUGAGGAGAACAUUGAGGAUAUGGUGAAGCAGAGUGCCUCCCGGGCUUUUAUCAAUGCUGUACAGGAAGCUGUAAAUGAGGUUGGAAGGCUUUUGGAAUUGAAGAUGAGUUCUUUAUUUGCUGAGAAAGAAACUGAAUUUUCUCGGCCACUGGCAGGCAAUUCUGGUGUCAAAGAGAGAAUUCUUAUACCUGAAAAUGGUACAGAGAAACUUUCCGAUGUUCUCGUUGAUCCGGCAGAAUUACUUUCUCGAGUGAAACAAAUUGCAGAAAUUAUUUCCAUUGCUAAUGUUCUGGAGCUGGAAAUAUUGAAGGCUAGGCUUUCAGCCUUUUAUCUAUCAAGAGGAGGUUAUAGAUUACCUAUGUAUCAGGCACCCCAGCCAAUUCCUGGACUUGAAGAUAGUGUAGAGGACAAUAAUGUAGGCAGCAGUGAGGGUGCAGUGGAAGUACCUGUCCAUGGACCAUUUGAAGAGGACUACUCUACCGUGCCAUUGAGCCCAAAAUCUGGUGGAUUGAAUCCACUUGGGAUUUCAGGAAAUAGGUUGAACCAUAGGAUUAAGCAGAAAAGCAUUGCUGAAAUUAUGGGAGAGGACAAAGAUGUCAGUGCCAAGAAUAAGGAGGGAGAUGCAACUCAAAAAGUGACUGUUCGAAAGAAGAGGAAAGGCACUGAGGAUACAAUGGUAUCUAAACCUAUGAAGAAGAAAAAAGAGUUGUUCCCAAAUACUGAUAAAAAUAUGGCAGGUGCCGACAAUGAUGGUUAUAGCUGGGGCAAGGAGACCAGUGACGAUGGAGCUUUAGCGCAGUUGAGGAAAAAGAACAAGCUUUUUGGUAUUGGAAAAGCUAGUAGUAGUGCAAGCCAAAAGGAAACUGAUCAAGAAGGGAAGGCCAAAGGAAGCAGUGAGAAGGGUUCUCUGCCAAGAGAAAGGAAGAAAAGCAAGUACUUAUCCCCUCCUUUCACUAUUCCAACCAGAGACCAGAGGAAAGGAGAGAUUGAAACAGAAUCCCCUAAAGUUUCUGGCAAAGAUCAGGUAUCAGAGCCAAUGACCACAGCUUCUGACAAACUUCUCGAGUCCCCUGUACCUUGGAAGUUGAAUGGUGAGCCAUUACAGGAUAAAUUUUCUAAGGAACUUGCAAUAGAACAUGACCAUCCCGAUAGCUCAAAUUACCAAACAUCAAAAUACGAUGAGAACAAGACUAUUGAUACAACAAAAGUCCAGGUUCCAUUGGAGGAAGUACUACAUGAAGUUCGUUGUGCAGCUAUUAAUCAACAAAUUCCUACGGAUACCAAUUCUCUUGAAAGACUUGCGGAUUUUAUUUUUAUCUACAGAAGCUGCAUAUUUUUCCAAGGAUCCAACUACAAAGUAUACAAGAAGCUUAAACCUGGCAAGAAGAGAAAGAAGCCAGAAUCUGAUAUCGGAAUGCGGGGGAAAGAUCAAAUACAAUCUGAUCAUAAAUCAGCUAAUAAAGAUUCAGAGCCAAAGAAACGAAGAAGAAAGAAUGAGACAACUUCAGGUUUUCCUAAAGAGAAGGAAUCUGCUACACCUAAGGCUGGCAAGAAGGGGACUGAUAAAAAUGCUUCAGGCGCUGCUACCCUUUUUGCCUCAUUUGAGCCAGGAUCCUCUGUGCCUUCAAAAUCGGAUCUUGUUGCACUGUAUAGUAAGUUUGGUGCUCUGAAUGAAGCAGAAACAGCUUUGUUUUCUAGUGAUUACACUGCUCAAGUGUUCUUCCUGAAAGCCUCUGAUGCUGAAAAGGCCUUAAGCGAUUCACUGAACAUGAACCCCUUCGGCUCUUCCAAGGCCACUUUCAGACUCCAGUAUCUUUCUUCUGGUUCCAAGUCUGAAAAAUCUAAGUCCAAAGCUUCUUCAACGAAGAAGAAAGAAAAAACUCCAGCCAAGCCAUCUACUUCACUGUCACCAGGUAGUGAAGCAUCCAAAUUGAACUACAUAAAGCAGAAACUUCAGGGUCUCACCUUAAUUCUAGAAGCAUCGGAUGCUAAAUCAUCUGAUAUCAAGACAAAAUUAGAGAGUGAGAUGAAAGGGCUUUUGGAGGAUGUGAACAAAAUGGUUGAAUCUUCUUCCUAAAUAAGGCAUGGAAUACUAGCAACUAUUUAGCUGGUAAUCAGGGUAGGUUUAUGGUAUGUUAUUUCCAUUUAGUUGACUGUCUUUAUUUGAGGAUCAAUUUAUUUGUCUCGUUUCUGAGCCUAGUUUUAUUGAAGAGGUAAAAUUACUCAUAUCAGUUUGUUGUGUAGGAUAUGUAACAUGUUUUAUGCAUAGGCUGUAUAGACACCGACAUCUAUUUAGAUUUUCUGUACCUUAUGAUACUGGUGAACAAACAGCUUUUAAGGAUAAGAGGUAUAAUGUUUUCAUUUC